AUGGACAUCACUCUCUCACAGAGCAGCGGAACUCCCAAAACUCAGCACGGCAAAGAUGGCAGCUGUGACAUACCUGCUCCCUUCCCCAACUUGCUUCCCCACCGUCCACCUCUCCUUGUGUUUCCCCCGUCACCCGUCACCUGCUCUCCUGCUUCAGACGAGUCACCCCUCACCCCACUAGAGGUAAAAAAGCUGCCUGUGUUUGAGACAAACCUCAACUAUGCUACUGGCCCAGACAGCCCGCUGUCCCCGCAAGAAGAAGUCUACACCUCCACUUACCCCUCCACCUCCGCCUCCUCCCCCCAGUGCCCCACCUCCCCCUACAGACCUCCUUCACACUUCCCCUUCCCGCCUGAGGCCGGCCUCCUGGCUCUGACGCGAGCAGCAUCUGUCACAGGGAGCUCAGACUCCCCCAAAACCUCAUCCUCUCAAAGGGCAAGUGGGGAACCACUUGGGAAGCCACCUCCCUACUCCCCAGUGAAGAUGUCUCGUGCUGAGCCUCGGAGAGCGCACUCAUGCUCCUCCUCUCCCCUGCUGUUCAACCCAGCAAAUGGUAGACCCCUAACCAGCCCACUGGAUGAGCUCAACACUCUGUUCAGCUCUGGACGCAGUCUGCUCAGGAAGUCCACAUCUGGCCGCAAGAUGAGAGAUGGAGGAUUCAAUUCUAAUAUCAAUCUGCCAGGGAGGGAAGAUUGUGGCUCUGCCCCCACCUCACCAUCUCUGCAGCUACAGGACAAGAACGCCAACAACCACUCUUCUCAUUCACCAAGCCCCGCCCCCGUAGAGAAUGGCAACCAGAUUUCUAAUGGGACGCUGGAGGACGAGAGUCACAGCAAGUCAAAUUCCUCCAGCUCCACCUCUCUACACAGACACAUGGACAGCCAUCAUACUCAGGUGUUCCAGCGGUUUUGUCUGUCCAACGGGAAUGAGAGGGCCGCCCUUGGGGAGCUUCUGCGAUGGCGGCAAGUGCAGUGUGAGGGGCGGGGCGACUGGAAGCACCGUCCACCUCAGUCCCCACCCCUGCCCCCCACGCUGCUCUGGACCAACAGGAAGGCCUCUCCAUGAAAGAGGUCGUGUGAUGCAUUCACAUGUACUGGAUAUGAUGUUCUUCCCUCCCUUUCUAUUCAGCCACACUCGCACAUGCUCUUUUUUUAUGUGGACCAAGUAACCUCAGUGCCCAGGGGCUAGGUUAAAGCUUCAAGCCCCAUAGCAUGAGCCUUGUCCCUGGGCUGAAGGUCCUGCCCCUGCGCCUUUGACCUCAACUGUGGAGGAUUCCCAAACCUAUAUGAUAGAAGCUCAGCACUCUGUGACACUGACUAGUUUUAUUUAUCAACAGUGAGCAGAAAGCAGACACAGUAGAGGUUCAUGGGGAGCUGCUUUUUUGUGUCAAUCACAUUAUUAUUUAUUUUCAGUUCCUCUCAGACUAAAUGUAUGAUGAGGCUGAAUUAAAGAGCAGGCUAGCAAUGUUUUGAUAGUAGUCAGAUACUAAAUGGCUCUUUUAGUCUGUCUGAAUCCUAGCCUAUCAUGUUGUUCUGCUGCAAUCAAAGGAGCUCCUCCCCAAAACAUGGUGCUGCUUAUACUUGACAUGCCGUCCUAUGAUGUUCCCAUGAUUGCUUGUGUGUGCAUCCCCGAGUCUCAGUCCUCUCUGAAGUUUACAAGUCAGCAGACGCCUUCGGACACCUCCAGUUUUUAGCAUCAGUGUACUGGCUUAUGGGACAUGGGACUUUUUCAGGUACGCAGCUCUCACUUAGCCUUUCUCACAUUUGGGCUCUAAGUGCUGCUGCAGCCCUGGCAACGAGUGACCAGGGCUCAGGGUAACCUCAGUAUAAUAUCCCAAGGUGCACUUCACUUCCCCCAUUGUUACCAGCCUUUGAGGAACAAAAACCUCUGGCCAAAAUGUAAACUACUGCACUAACCUUUACUAGGAAAGGGGGAUUCAACAAAAAACCUGCUUUGGUUUAAGGUAAAAAGGUAAAGCUAAAAUAACAGCUUUAGCUGACAGGUAUAUAGUUCAUGUUGUGUACAUGAAGCUCUGUGCCAAAGUGACAAAACCCUUGAACGAUACAUCUAAACCAGUGGUUCUGAAACAUUUUCUGUCAUGCCCUCUUCAGAAGCUGAAAAAGUUAAUUGAACAACCCAGAAUAAGGGGAUUUCAUAUUUUUUAAAUAAAUUGAAGAUUCAGAUUAAUAAAAUUAGCAAAAAAGUCUUGAUAGCAUCAGAGCGCUGGUGUUUGUUUAUGUCACCAUAUGAAUCAUAUUCAUGCAACUUAAGGUCUGCUUAACGUUGACCACCCACCUGCUGUGGCUCUACGCCCCCCAGUUUGAGAACCACUGGUUUAAACUAACAAGUAUAGUUAUAAAAAGUGAUGCACACAGUAGUCCGUAUAUAUAUGUACAGACUGACAUACAUGACCAAACCAUAGAUGUUACUGCGGUUCAGGGUGAAUCAAUGAACCGUUUUUAAAUAGAUCAAAAGAACAUGUCAAAAAGAAGGGAGAAAAACAACAGUCUACACUUGACAAGUGGUGACCUAACUCUCAUUGUGUCUCAUCAACACCAGAACAAUUUCAUGAGUUCAGUGUUGUUCAGGAGACUGUGCAGAGCUCAGAAACUCACGCACAGAUGAACUCGACUAUUGUACAGAUGUCCUCCAGCGUGGUUGUGUCCGCACAGACGCCCUUUACUUCCCGUGUCCUCCCUUCAUCUCCUUCCCCAAUUUGACCCCAACAAACCGGACCCUCCCCCCACGUUCCUAAUGGAUCAAACCGGCUCUACGGGUGUCUCCAUGGUAAACACUCUGUAAAUAGUAACCAGUGUUGUAUGUUCUACCUUUUACUAUAGCAGAAAAGCACAGAGAUUGAUUUGAAAGAUGAGGAAGAGAUGAGAUAAUACUGUCUAUGAUGGUGAAACUGAGAUUUAAGAAUGUCUUGGGUUAGAUGCAAUGACUGAGGUAAAGAGAAGAGGUUUAUUUUAAAAUGUGAAUCUUUUUUUUUUCAGAAUGAUUGUCUAUGGCUAUGAAAUCCUUUAUACUCUAUUUAAUAGUAUUUGUUUAUUCCCUUCUGUUCCUAUGAUGCAAGGCAGAUGUUUUCAUUGUAUAUGGAUGUUUUUAUUGCACAAUAUUUAUGUGGUGUUGUGUUGACUUCUGUAAUGGGCUGGGUGUGUCUCGACAAGCUGUUUGAUCUUUGAAGAUCGGUCUGAAUUAUUAGAGCCGCAAAGUAUCAAUAGCUCUAAUUGAUUUCUCAUCCCCACUGAUCACCCACAAUGUGUCUGAUUGAUUCAGCCUUAUGAAUUAGCAGCACCGUCACAGGAUCGAUCUCAGCUGCUGUCCAUGCAGGUGCACAAAUAUUCAAGAGGAAUUAGUAUAGACAACUGAUACUACAGAGAUGGCAAAUGAGCUGAGCUGUGUUUUGACUGACUGGCUGAAUGUACAAAUGCAACAUUUUCUUUCACUGCCUGUGCACAUCAAUGACACCCUGUGUAUCUUAUUACUGGAACAUGCGCCUGUAUCUAAACAGUGUACCUGACUGCUUAAUGUGAUUAUUGUCUUCAGAAGUUAUGUGUGCAGUUAAUAUUUUUAAAGCAAGUUAAUAAUGACGCAGCAAGGUAUUGAUUUGCUCCAUGACUCACACCUCGUGUGCUGUGAUUGGGGUUGCAUGAGUGCAUUGCAGAACUAUGUCAAACAUUUUCAUCAUAGUAUGAUUCAGCUCAUUCACACAAGGACUUAAACCUGCCUGUGAUCAAACAAAAUUGAAAGGUCAAGCCAAGAACCAAGAUCAUGCUAGUCAACUUGCCAAUGCCAGUGAAAGACAAUUUAUAGCCUCUGUAUUGGGUCUUCAUUAUAACUCCGUCAGUCAUGUGCAUUAUGGUUUUGUGUAUUACCAUGUUUACUGAUUUCAUGAAAUGAGAUGUUUUUUAUUGACUUUUAAAGCAUAUGAGUGCUUUUUACCUUGCAUGACCACAUGUUGGGCCUGGCCCCUUUAACAUGUUCAUGCUGAAAAGAUAAAAGUGGCUGUCUAAUAUGAAGAACUGCUUCCCACUGCACUGUGAAUCACUGCACUGUCCCCUGUGUCUCAUCUAAACACUCGUCAUCCAUUUACAUCCUCCUUUAACUCGACCGACCCACAGACAUAUCAGUUCCAUCAUAUAGAAUCCCAGAUGACCUAGCUCAGUCUGUCGUUAACCGUUACCAAACUCUGGCAGCCAGAUUACUGCCAGUCAUCAUUGUUAGUCAGGAAUCUAAAAAUCCUCCGCUCUGAGAUCAGCUCUCUGGUGCUACAGCCAGUGCGGAAUGGACGUUUUAUUUGUCCCCAGUCCAUGUAUAGUUGUCCAGAGAGACACAGUAUUUUAGCACCUAAACAGGGGUAUCUCACUGCCUUUCAUAGUGUUGUUUUUUUUAUCGUAGUCUUUCUUUUGUACAUGACACACAGUAUAUUUUAACCUGCAUACAUAUGUGUUUGUGGAAAGAAAAGAUUGUAUGUGAUGUUUCAUAAUUAUUAUCUUCCCAAUGUUUUAUAAGUACUGUACCUGUACAGCAAUAAAGCACAAUUGUGUCAAUGCCAGUC